AUGGCUGUAAAAGGCUUCCCACAGCUCACCAUCUUCCCCCUUCUGCUCAUUUCAUUGCUCCUCCCCUCUUCCCAUGGGGGCACCAUCUCCAUCUAUUGGGGUCAGAAUGGAACCGAAGGCAGCUUGGCGGAGACCUGUGCCUCCGGCAACUAUGGCAUUGUCAACAUAGCUUUUUUAUACAAAUUUGGCAGUGGUCAAACUCCAGCCCUCAACCUCGCCAGCCACUGUGACCCAGACGCCGGUAGCUGUACUGGCUUGAGCAACGAGAUCAAAGCCUGUCAAGCUAGCGGGAUCAAGGUGUUGCUCUCCAUCGGUGGCGGUGGCACAUACAACCUCAGCUCGACCGAGGACGCCCAGAGCGUAGCAAACUACUUGUGGAACAACUUUCUCAGCGGCAACACGGGCGAUGGGCCGCUGGGCGAUGCUGUGUUGGACGGGAUUGACUUCUUCAUCGAGGGCGGCAGCCCCGACCACUAUGAUGACCUAGCUAGGGAUUUAUCAGCUUUCAACCAAGGAAAGAAGGUUUACUUGGCCGCAACCCCAGAGUGCCCAUUCCCAGACUACUGGCUACAUGGUGCACUUUCCACCGGCCUCUUCAACUACGUCCAGAUCCAAUUCUACAACAACCCUACCUGCGAGUACGCAAACAAUAGUACCGAAAAUCUCUUGUACAAUUGGAACCACUACUGGACAACCAUUCAAGCUGAGCAACUGUUUCUGGGGCUGCCGGCAGCUCCGGAAGCUGUCUACAGUGGCGGUUAUAUUGAACCUGACGUGCUGGUGUCUGAUGUCCUUCCGUAUAUUAACGGUUCUUCUAAGUAUGGAGGUGUGAUGCUUUGGAACAAAGCCUAUGAUAACGGGUAUAGCUCGGCUAUCAAAUGCUGUGUUUGA